AUGUACGUCUCCAGGCUGCCACUUUCCGUGUCGUUAUCUGAUUCACUUCUCGCGGAAAAGUUAAGCAGAGGGGGGCAAAGCAUCGUACAACAACAACAAAAAAAAAUGGUCGUCAAGAAGAUCGCAUCCUACGGGUCAUGGGAGAGCCCCUUCUCCAUCGACGAUGCCACGGCCGGAAGCAAGUCGCUCGCGUCGCCAAGAGGAGACAUCCGCACGGGCCGCGUGUUCUUCCUCGAGUCCAAGGCCGACGGCUCCUACACCAUCGUGGAGGUGGUGACCCGCGGGGGCGCCCAUGAGCUCCGCUACGUCCUCCCGGACAAACACGGGGUCAGCACCGCCGUGUACGAGUACGGCGGCGGGGCAUACGACGUCCUCCCGCUCCCCGCCGGAGUGGACCCGGCGGAUGAUGCGGGUCGGCCACAGGUCAUCUUCUCGGACGCGCGUGACGGGAACGCCGUCAAGCUGCUCAAUGCUGACUCCCGGGAGGUCGGGACCCUCAUUGGGGACACGCCCUGGCUGCGGUACUCUGAGUUCAGCGCGUGCGGGUCCUCACGGUGGGUCCUGGCGGUUCAGGAGGACCACGAGAACCCCGAGCCCAAGGAUGUCAGGAACUAUGUCGUCGCUAUCAAUGUCGACUCGGGCGAGGUGAAGAGGCUGGUCGGGGGGGCCGACUUCUACAGCUCGCCCAAGUACAGCCCGGAUGGGAAGUGGGCGUCAUGGCGCAGCUGGGAUCACCCGGACAUGCCCUGGCAGAACUCAGAUCUCUCAUGGGCUCCGGUGCUAGGUGACUCUGGGGAGGAGAGAUCGUUCCUGGGUACUGUAUCGACGGUUGCUGGGGCCAAAUCUGGUGAGGCCAUCGGUGAGUCGGCCUGGGGCCUCGAUGGUGCUCUCUACUGGACGCAGGAAGACGAGGGCAGCGACUGGCGUCAGCUCCAUAGACAAUGGCCCGGAGACAGUAAAACGGCCGAGGUUCUUAAGCUCAAGGGGCUGGAGGAAGUUGAGAUUGGGGACUGCUCGAUGAUGAUGGGAGGCCACACAUUCGGCUUCCUCUCCCCCAAAUCCAUGAUCCUAUCUUACACCAAGUACGCAACCAACAGCACCGUCCACGUUGGUCUUGAAACACUCCAAGUCACCCCUCUGACGGAUGUGCCAUUGACCACAAUGCGCGGCGAUGUCCUCCACGCAAUCACCCCAACGUCGUUCCUGGUUCUCGGCAGCGGCACAUUCCAUCCCGCGGGAGUGUACCACUUCUCUCUCAGCGAGGGCCUGGAGGUGCAAAUGACACAAGUGCACGCCGCGGACGAUAAGAAAAUCCCACCAGCCAUGAUCUCUGUCCCCGAACACAUCUGGCUCAAGUCCACGAAGGGAGACCCGACGCGCCCAGUCCACGGCUUCUACUGGCCGCCGCACAACCCCAGGUUCGCCGCCCCGGAAGGCGAGCUCCCGCCGCUGCUGAUCAACCCCCACGGCGGGCCGACGGGCCACACGCCCCCGGGCCUCAAGGUCGGCGGCAUCGGCGGCGGCAAUGCGCAGUUCUGGACCAGCAGGGGGUUCGCCUACUUCUCCAUCAACUACACGGGGAGCUCGGGCCACGGCAGGGCCUACCGGGAGCGGCUCGACGCGCAGUGGGGCAUCCUGGACCGCGACGACGUCGUCGAGGUCAUCCGGCACCUGUGCGACACCGGCCGCGCCGACGAGGGCCGGGUCGGGAUCCACGGCGCCUCGGCGGGCGGCUACAACGUGCUGCAGAGCCUGGUGUGGCACCCGGGCGUCUUCGCGGCGGGCGUCUGCUACUGCGGCGUCAGCGACGUCAAGGCGCUCGGCGAGGGGACGCACAAGCUCGAGAGCCACUACCUCGAGGGCCUGCUGUACACGCCCGGCAUGGGCCGGGAGGAGCGCGAGGCCGUCGAGCGGGAGCGCAGCCCCGUGCUGCAUGCGGGCCGGAUCCGGGCGCCGCUCUUGUUGCUCCACGGGGACAGGGACACGGUCGUGCCGAUCGCUCAGAGCUACGAGAUUGAGAGGAAGGUCAGGGAGAGGGGCGGGGAUGUCAGGAUGGUUGUCGCGCCUGGGGACGGGCACAUGUUCUCGAUGGAGAGGAGCAAGAAGAUUGCCCUUGAGGCGGAGAUGGAGUGGUGGAUGAGGACUUUGGUCCGGAACUGAGGCUGUGGGUUUAAAUAGAACACUUAUCCGUAGUACGGUCUGCACAUGCGGACUGUCAUGAUUCAUAGUCUUACGUCCUCAUCUAGAGCUGCCUAUAUACAUGCUCGCGAAAUACAUAGAGCUACUAGUA